CAAGAAUCUAUUUACACUGAUUAGUGAUAUUGAAGAGUGAAGAAGACCAGAAAAUUAUCUGAAAUUUGGCAUCACCACUUUGAACAAUAUCACCUUAGCUGGCAUAAACUACACAUUCAGACAAAUGCAUUAUCAGUGUCAAUAAGCAACCAUUUCCUUUUACUUCAAUCAAUCGUGACCAGCAAAGCUCCCGUGACAUAAUUCAAGAAGAUCUGACAUAAAUGAGUCACAAUUCAACAUGUAUUCAACCAUCCACGAUCUCCUCUGUGGCUUUACCAAUCAUUUACACCUUCCUUUGUAUUGUUGGUCUCUCUGGAAACUCACUCUCUCAAUGGGUGUUUUUAACAAAAAUAGGUAAGAAAACCUCAACACAUAUCUACCUGGCACAUCUUGUGACUGCAAACUUACUUGUGUGCAGUGCCAUGCCAUUCAUGGGUAUCUAUUUCCUGAAAGGUUUCCAAUGGGAAUAUCAAUCUGCACAAUGCAGAGUGGUCAAUUUUCUGGGAACUUUGUCUAUGCAUGUAAGUAUGUUUGUCAGCCUCUUAAUUUUAAGUUGGAUUGCUAUAAGUCGCUAUGCUACCUUAAUGAAAAAGGAUUCCAUGCAGGAGACCACUUCGUGCUAUGAGAAAAUAUUUUAUGGCCAUUUACUGAAAAAAUUUCGCCAGCCCACCUUUGCUAGAAAACUAUGUGUUUACAUAUGGGCACUUGUACUGGGCAUAAUUAUUCCAGUUACUAUAUACUACUCAGUCGUAGAGGCAACGGAAGGAGAAGAAACACUGUGCUAUAAUCAGCGGAUGGAAGUAGGAGCCAUGACCUCUCAGACUGCAGGCCUUAUUGGAAGCACAUUUAUUGCAUUUUCAUUUUUAGUAGUGGUAACAUCAUACUACUCUUUUGUCAGCCAUCUGAGAAAAAUUAGGACUUGUACAUCCAUAACGGAGAAAGAUGUGACUUACAGUUCUGUGAAAAGACAUCUUUUGGUCAUCCAGAUUCUACUAAUAGUUUGCUUCCUUCCAUAUACCAUUUUUAAACCCAUUUUUUAUGUGAUACACAAAAGGGAGGGCUGUCAGCAACUGAAUUACUUAAUAGAAACAAAAAACAUUCUCACUUGUCUUGCUUCCGCCAGAAGUAGCACAGAUCCCUUUAUAUUUCUCUUACUAGAUAAAACAUUCAAGAAGACACUAUAUGAUCUCUUUACAAAAUCGAACUCACCACCUACACAGUCAUAUAGCUAACUUCUAAAUGGAAAACACCACACGUUACAAAGGUGUUCAUGUGACUCUAUUGGGGAGACUAUAACUGUAGGAUCAACAAGCAGGUUGUAGCUUGGCUGACAACAAACACCAAGAAAA